AUGGCCAUCUCAGGUAGAAUUCUUCCUUGGUUAAAAGAUGGCCUGAAGCUCACUAAUGUGAGAUAUUCAUCAUGUGGGAGUGUAGGCAAGCCAUAUGAACAAACAAGAAAAAAUCUGAUUUUAACUAGUGAGACCAAAGUCAUAGUCCAAGGAUUUACUGGCAAGCAAGGAACUUUCCACAGUCAGCAAGCAUUAGACUAUGGAACGAAAAUUGUUGGAGGUGUGUCUCCAAAGAAAGCAGGCACAGAACAUCUUGGAAAACCUGUUUUUGCUACUGUAAGGGAAGCUAAGGAGAAAACAGGUGCUGAAGCAUCUGUUAUUUAUGUUCCACCUCCAGGAGCAGCUGGUGCUAUUCUUGAAGCCAUUGAAGCCGAAAUUCCACUCAUAGUCUGCAUUACUGAAGGAGUACCUCAACAUGAUAUGGUUCGUGUGAAGCAUGCUCUAUUGCACCAGAACAAAUCUCGUUUGGUUGGUCCCAACUGCCCUGGAAUCAUAGCACCUGAAAAGUGCAAAAUUGGCAUCAUGCCUGCUGCCGUGCACAAAGCGGGCUGCAUUGGUGUUGUUUCACGCUCUGGCACACUAACAUAUGAAGCCUGUCACCAAACUACUAUUGCUGGUCUUGGCCAAACCCUUUGUGUGGGUAUUGGUGGUGAUCCUUUUAAUGGAACAGACUUCAUUGAUUGCUUGGAAGUAUUCCUUGGUGAUCCUCAAACAAAAGGUAUCAUUUUGAUUGGAGAAAUCGGAGGUAAUGCAGAGGAGUUGGCAUCAGAAUAUCUCACGCAACAUAACACUGGACAAAAAGCAAAACCAGUUGUCUCAUUCAUUGCGGGUCUCACUGCUCCACCUGGAAGACGUAUGGGGCACGCAGGUGCUAUUAUCUCUGGAGGCAAAGGUGGUGCCAUGGACAAAAUAAAGGCUCUUGAAAAAGCAAAUGUAAUUGUAACCCGAUCACCAGCCAAGAUGGGAAGUGAACUACUAAAAGAAAUGAAACGAUUAGAGAUUGUUUAA